GACUAGGUUGUAUGCGGAAUACACAUCGGCUACAGCUUAGGGUAAAAUAAUUCCAACUUGAAUGAAAAGUUGUUGUGUCUACCUUUUGAGCUAUAACGGUGAAGUGGCAUGAAAAUUGCAACUAACAACGUGUAAGCAAGUGAAAGUGAGUUGCAUUUUCUUAGUCCGGAAGUGCUAUUACAUGUACAGUGGCGCCACCCUACCAAGAGAAAAAUCUAUCAUAUCUGGAAUUGAAUUGUUGUUGUUAAUACGCAAUGUUUUAUACUGUUAUAUUUUUUACGGUAUUAGUUUUGCUCUUUCUCUUUUGGGAUGUAAAAAAGCCUCCGAAAUUUCCACCUGGACCAAAAUGGUAUCCAAUUGUCGGAUGUGCCUUACAAAUCUCCGAAUUGCGUUUGAAGUGCGGCAUGUUUUGCAAAGCAGUCGAUGAAUUGGCCAAGUACUACGUCAAUCCCUACGGUUUAUAUGGACUUAAGAUCGGCAAAGAUAAGGUUGUCAUUGCGUACUAUAGCGACACCAUAAGCGAAAUGAUGACUAACGAGGACCUGGAUGGCAAGCCAGAUGGUAUAUUUUAUCGCAUGCGAACAUUCAAUUCGAAGAAAGGCAUUUUAGUCACUGACGAAGAUUUGUGGGUGGAUCAACGUCGUUUCAUAUUGCGGCACUUGAAGGAUUUCGGGUUUUCCCGCACAGGUAUGGUGAACAUUAUUCAACAUGAAGCCUACUUCUUAUUGGAAGACUUAAAAGAAGUUGUCAGCGAUCAAGGUGGAAAACAUGCGGAAGUAUCCAUGCACGAUUUGUUUAAGGUGAAUGUGUUGAACACGUUAUGGUCCAUGAUGGCUAGCAAACGUUACGAUCGCAAAAGCGAAGAGAUCACCGAUCUGCUAAACAUGUUUUUUGAACUUUUUCAAAAUGUCGACAUGGUAGGCGCGCUUUUCAGCCACUUUCCUCUUAUACGAUUUAUUGCGCCAAACUAUUCCGGUUACAAUGCAUUCGUUGAAAACCAUCAACGAAUCUAUGCAUUUUUACGCAAAGAAGUCGACAACCAUCGUCUGACUUACAAGAAUUACGACAUGCCACGUGAUCUAAUGGACAGUUAUUUGCGUGAAUUGGACAAUCCCCAACGCGGUGAGUUUUUCAGUGAAGAGCAAUUAUUGGCCGUGUGCCUGGAUAUGUUCUUAGCUGGAUCGGAAACCACCAAUAAGAGCUUGGGUUUUGCAUUGCUGCAUAUGGUACGUAAUCCCGAAAUACAGGAAAGGGCUUACAACGAAAUAAUGGAAGUGAUUGGCAUAGACAGUUUGCCGGAAUGGAGUGAUCGCACUAAGUUACCAUACUGUGAAGCCAUUGUCCUGGAGGCUGUGCGCAUGUUCAUGGGUAAUACUUUUGGUAUACCCCACCGCGCUUUACGUGACACACGACUGAGCGGCUUUGCCAUACCUAAAGAUACCAUGGUGAUCGCUUGUUUUCGCGGCAUGCUUAUGAAUUCGCAUGAUUUCCCUAAUCCGAGCAAAUUUGAUCCAGAACGUUAUUUAAAGGAUGGGAAGUUGAAAAUCCCAGAGGCUUACAACCCUUUUGGUUUCGGCAGACAUCGUUGCAUGGGUGAUAUAUUGGGACGUCAAAAUCUCUUUAUGUUCAUAACGACAGUAUUGCAGCAUUUUCACUUUGUGCCAAUUCCGGGUGAAAUGCCUGACGACGAACCCUUGGAUGGAGCAACAGCAGCAGUAAAACCGUUCAGAGCCUAUAUUGUGCCUAGGCGUACGGAAACCAAAAUUUCAUAAAUAUAAAUUCGACACACAGAAAAAUUAUAAGCAAACAUACAUAACUCUUCCAUUGCAGUGAGUACAUACAUAUUCAUGUAUUUGUUUAUGAAUGAUUGAAGACUUUUAUGGACACAAAAAAUCGCUCCAUUUAUAAACUGAUCUCAAAAUUUCUUUCUUAGAUAGUUUAGCUUCUGAUCCAUAUCGGUUUGGUUCUUGAGCAGCUUUCACAUCUUCUUUUUUUAAUUGGCGCGAUAAAUGUUUUCACGAUUUUGGCCGAGGCUAAAAAAGCGCGCAGUAGCCGAAUGGUAAGUCCCACCAUUUGUGGAACAACAGCAAGAUGCACGCCACAAAUAGGAAGAGGAGCUCGGCCAAACACCCAAAAAAGGUGUACGCGCCACUGGAUCUUUAUUCGCUGCGCUAUGUCUAUGCCGUCGUAAAGCUCAUACAGCUCAUCGCCUUCGUUAUUCGCUAUCGCUAACGUACAAAGGUCCAAAAAUCUUCUACAGAAUCUUUCUCUUAAAUACUCCAAGGGACACCUCAUCGGAUGUUGUCAUCGUCCAUGCUUCUGCGCCAUACGAUAGGACGUGCAUAAUUGGAGUCUUGUGAAGUGUUAGUUUUGUUCGUCGAGAGAAGACUUUACUAUUCAAUUGCCGACUUAAUCCAAAGUAGCACUUCUUGGCAAGAGAGAUUCAGCGUUGGAGUUCAAGGCUGUUAAUGCUGGUUCCUUGAUAAACGAAGUCUCUUGCAUCCUCGCAGCUUUCACUUAGUCUCUACAAAAUGCUCUUGUAAUUAACAACAUUGAACUCUCUGAUUUGUAAUAAAAAAAAAAAAAUAAAACAUUUUUGAAGAAGCCAAAUCGAAAAAAAAUUGGAUGCAUACAUAUGUGUUGAAACUGAUAGCAACAUAUCAGGACAAGUGGACAUAGCUCUCAGUUUUUUAAAAGCUUCUAAUUUUCGCCCACGUAUAUCUGUAUAUACAUAUGUGUGCAAUCUUGUAUUCCCAAAUUAUUUGUAAAUAUCUCAGCAUCCCAAACUUCUCAAAUUUUUCUUCAGGGAUUUCAGAAGUGAAAUUUUGGUUAAAAUUAUUUUGGCCAGAUCAGAUACUUUCCGACUCACGGUCGUGAAUUCUACAACGGACUCGCUACGAUUCACUGCUGUUUUUACAUUUAUACAACAAUUUACUGACUAAUUUUAAUAACCUCUUCGUCCAGGAUAUUAUGCUAAUAAAGCCGUAUGGAUUCCGGAAAUAUUCACACAAAUCUAUGGGAUGCAUUGCUUUGUAGCCUUCAACCUUUUAGACUGGUCGACGUAAUCACUUUGUUAGCUAUCCUCGCCUAACAGGAAAAC